AGUUACGGAUUCGAAGUAUAGAAUUGAAAGUUGUGUCAUCGUCGAAGAAGCCCCCGCUUAUACAGAUGCUGUGCACAUAUCAUUAGCUUGUCCAAUAUGCCUCUACGUAAAGGUAGUGCAUCUACGACAUUGGUAUAAAAUAUCACACCAUGUGCAGUGUGGUGCAUGCUUGCUCCAACGAUAACACCUGCCAAACGAAUUUACUGAGCGUAACCACUACCACGCCUUGUAGAAACCACCGGUUCAAGUGCUGCAGCGACGUAACGUGAGGUAUAAAGUUACUUAACCGUGUGUUAAAAACAUAGUACUCCGCCAUGACUCCCAAUUGGGGCAUUACUUUUGGGUUGAUCGUACUGUCCUUGUUCUGGUUAGUCCACGGCGUGCCAGUUAAAACAAAAUCGGGGAAACACCGUAAAGAUUCCCAAGGUAAUUUCGGGGAUCUUUUAGAAAGACGUCAAGAAAACAUGGAAGGCGGACUUGAAACUAAACUACUCAACGUCUUCGGGUUGAGGGAGCUGCCGAAGCAUGGCCGAAAACAGUUUGAAACCCCAUCUUUUAUGAUGGAACUCUAUCAAAGUUUAGCGGAGGAAAAGAAUCAGCAGGCUAGAACAACCGCGACUAGACAGAUUAAAGCAAACACAGUGAGGAGCUUCUUCGAUACAGGUAGAGGAAGAAAAAACAGUUUUGUGUUCGAUUUACAUGGCCUUCUUCCGAGGGAGUUCGUUUUGUCAGCCGAACUGAGGUUGUAUGUACAAAAAGAAAAAGAAAACGCUAAAAAGGACACAGCGAGGGUAAACCUCUUCCAAAUCAGUGGGUCGGGAACAAGACAACAGUCUGACUUGCUUGAAACACGAACGGUUCACAUAACAGAAAAAGGCUGGCUUGUUUUUGACGUCACGCAAACUUUUCUGAGCCACCAAAAACACUUGGCAGCGGCCAGUUUGCUGGAGAAUACUACGAUGCAUUACGCGAUUGAAAUGGUGGACGAAAGCGACAAUGAAUUGAGAAUUUCCCGUAGACGCCGGCGAAACCAGGACAGGAUGCCGCUUUUAAUUUUAUACCUAAAUGACACUGCCAUAAGAAAGAACGAUAUCCUCACCCCAGCUUACAUGGAUAUACAUGGGGAGAAGCUGCAAGAUGGAGCGGGGGAGGAAAAAGAGGAAAACACGUCGGGAAAGAGGAGACGGAGAAAACGGUCCACUUCGAGUGCGCGGAGAAGUAAUACAAGAAGUAAAAAGUGCCAGCUGUACGAGUUCUAUGUGGACUUUCAAAAAGUUGGAUGGAGCGACUGGAUCAUUGCCCCAAACGGUUACAACGCUAACUUCUGUAACGGUCACUGUCCAUUCCCAUUGGAUCCUCAUUUUAACGCCACCAAUCACGCUACAGUGCAGGCCAUCUUGAACACAAAGGACUUCAGUUUAAAGGGUCAACGGAUUCCGAAACCUUGCUGCGUGCCAUCCGAUUUUGACAGCAUCCACGUUCUGUAUUUGGACGAUUACAAUAACGUCGUUUUGAAAGAGUUCGACGAUAUGGAGGCCAAAAGCUGUGGGUGCCACUGACACUGUGGACUCAAAGUGAAAUAGAAAAUAUUUCACUGUGACCAGUACAUUCCUCAACACAAUGUUUAAUCCACAAAAAAUGCUAUUAUAUAUAUUAUUUGCACAUUUUAUAGAAGGUUUGCUCAUUUGAACUUUAUUUAAUUGCCCACCUAAAACUAUAUGAAGAUUAUGAAGAAUGCUGCGGAAGUCGGUGACCUUUGACCCAAUGGAAAGGUUAUCAGUACUCCUCGAGUUCUUCUAGACUUUUGGAAACAACGUAGAGGACCUUUCAUGACGAGCUGGCGCUCCACAUAGUGAGCAUACGCCAAAUUUGAGUGAUAAUCAAUCCAGUUUAUUCAAAGUUUUAUUAUUAUUAUUAUUAUUAUUAUUAUCUGUUUUAAACUGGACCAAAUCGGCACAGAGUAUAUAUGAGAGACUGAAGAUAUGCGAUGGUGGGACUGGAACUUGAGUAAAUAUUGUGAUAACCCUGCGAAUAUAUGGAAAUAUCCUAGUUUUUUGCUCGUUUUUUUUUUUGUACAGAUUAUCACAAUUAUUUUAUUUUUGAAGAAAUAAAGUAGAGAAAAAUAGCCUUA